UGUUAAGGGCUCUUCCCACCCUCCAGCUCAGAGCCCUUUGCCCCUCCCCAGUUCCCUCCAGUAACAUUUUUCCGUGGGGGCUCCAGUCCCCAGGAGCCUUCCCGUGCAGAGCAAGGUGGAGCCGCCCAGCCUGGACCCUGCGGAGGAGCCGCUGCUCUGGGAAGGGCUCACCCUCAACAAGUGCAUCCUGGUGGCCUCCGUCGUCGCCUUGCUCAGCGUCACCUUCCAGGUGCUCCAAGCGCCGUGCUCCAAGGAGGGGCUCGCCCGCGGCCGGCAGGAGCCUCCGCCCGCUCCCGUUCCCGAGGUCGUGAGCCCCAAGGCGGAGGAGAUCCCGGAGGUGGUGACUGCCCAGCCUGCGCCGCCACCGGACAGCGGCGCGGUGGAGGAUGAUGAUGAUGACGGUGACGAUUACGAUGACAGCGAAGCUGACAGCAACCUGGCAGAACCCUGGAUCUUCAAGAAGUGGUUUGGCCGCACAACACCAGAGGAUGAGGAAAAGGAUGGGGACAAGGGUGAGGACAAGGAUGAGGAUGAAGACAAGGAUGAAGAACCUGCAGAUGUCCCCGAGGUGCCAAUAGCUGUGAUGGAGGGGAAGAAGAGCCAGGAAAAGAAGGUGGAGAAGGAGGAGGAGGAAGAAACAGAGGAGAAGGAGGAAGAAAAAGAGGGGAAUGAGGAGGAGGAAGAGGAGGAGGAGAAGGAGGAGGAGGAGGAGGAGGAAAAGGAGAAGAAGAAGAAGGAGGAGAAGAAGGAGAAAGCCCGGGAAGGCCGUGCUGUCCAUACGGAGCGGAGCAGCCGGAGGGAGGCACGAGCCAAGGACAGGACACCGGGGGACAAACCCGGCAGAGCCCCCAGGACCCCCAGGGAACCGGAGCAGCAGCCCCAGAAAAAGCGGGACCGGGAGAGGAAGGAGAGGAAGGAGAGACGGCGGGAGCGGGAUGAGGCCAGGAGGGAGGGGUGGAAGGGCCGUCCCGGCAGGGCUGAGGGCGGCCGGGAGAGCCCGAGGCGGGACUGGAAGCAGCAGAAGGGCAGGAAGCCCUGGGAGCUGGCGCCGGGCAGGGACGGCAGGGCCAGGGAGGGCAAGAGGCGCGACUGAGGCCGGGGCGGGCGCGGGGCUCGGUGUCGCUGGAUCCAGGGGAAUCCAAUCCCAGCACUGCUCCCAGCAAGGGAUCCCCGCCUGCCCUCCAGAGACACCCCCGGGCUCGGGCAGCCCCCCCAGCAGCCCCGAGCAGCAGCAGAGCAGCCCAGGAGCCUCCCCGGGGGCUUUGGGCCUCCUGGAUCAAAGGCGACCUGAAAGGACUCAUGGAAGGAGCUUCUUUGAGCCUCGUUACUUCCCCAUUCCCACCCAAAAUCCCCCCGCAGUUCAUCUCCGCUCGUGGCUCCGGGGCACUGCGGAGACCCCAGAGAACAGAGUUGUGUCCAGACUGUGCAGCUCUUGGGUUAAUGGUUUUAUUGAAAGCAAAUCAAGAGAGAAGACUAUUCUGGGUUAUGGAACCAGGCUGCAGCCGUCCUCAGAGGGACAUCAGGGACAGAUCCUCUGAGCGAGCCCAGAGCCAUCGCUGCAGGGUGGCCCAGAACGAGCCGGUGACAGAGCAGGGCUGGAGCCCCUGACCCAGGGAUCCCUGCGGGCCUCGCCUUCUCCGAGUCGCUUUUAGGAAGGAAACACAAGAGCAAUAUCACACAGCCAGAGACGUUCACAGCCCCGACCCAUGGCAGGUUUCACUAUUUGCUAAAACAACAGUGGUUAAAAUAAACUAUUUUCAUUUUUAAUAAGGUAUUUAACUGGAUGUUUAAAAAAAAAAUAGGAAAAAAAAGAGAAAGGAAAACGAGAAAAGCCCUUGUCAUGUGCCCUGGUUAUGUGUUUUGUCCCUGGUUGUGUGUGUGUGUUU